AUGGGUGAUGUGCUCGCAGCCGUGUGCCACGUGCUGUACGGGGAGCGGCUGGGGCUGCUGCAGGACUUCGUGGACCCCGAGGCUCAGCGCUUCAUCGACGCCGUGACCCUGAUGUUCCACACCACCUCGCCCAUGCUCUACCUGCCACCCGCCCUUCUCCGCCACCUCAACGCCAAGACGUGGAGGGACCAUGUCUGGGCCUGGGAUGCCAUCUUCACCCAGGCGGACAAAUGCAUACAAAACGUCUACCGGGACCUGCGGCUGCAACGCAAGAGCACCAAGGAGUACAUGGGCAUCCUCUGCAGCCUCAUCAUGCAGGACAAGCUGCCCUUGGAUGACAUCAAGGCCAGCAUCACCGAGAUGAUGGCGGGCGGGGUGGACACGACCUCCAUGACGCUGCAGUGGGCCAUGUUCGAGCUGGCACGGUCCCCGGGGAUCCAGGAGCAGUUGCGGGCAGAGGUCCUGGCUGCCAAGCGGGAGGCAGCGGGGGACAGGGUGAAGAUGCUGAAAACCAUCCGGUUGCUCAAAGCCGCCAUCAAGGAGACGCUCAGGCUGCACCCCGUGGCGGUGACCCUGCAGAGAUACACUACGCAGGAGGUCAUCCUCCAGGACUACCGCAUCCCCCCCAAGAUCCUGGAGAACUUCAAGAUCGAAACUAUGAGAGCGGUGGAAGUCGGGACCAAGUUCGAUCUCAUCCUGAUCCCGGACAAACCCAUCUACCUGACCUUA